AAAAUAUCGACACCGACAACAAAACUUCCGACAGAGGUCGCUAAAAAAUAAGAAGAAAGUGGAGUAUCGAUUUAACAGUUUACUGUUUGUAGUUGCAUAAAUUUUCUUAUGAUUUAUAGUAUGGAAGCCAGUUGAGAGUGUGCGCCAUGUUUUCCGUGCGAAUUGUGAGUACGGACCAUUACAUGGCCACACCGAUCCGUGGUCUAGACGUUACAUACGCCGACCAGCGGGCCACAGAAGUCAAGAAAGUUCCUGUUGUGCGCAUCUUUGGUUCCACUCCAUCAGGCCAGAAGACAUGUAUGCAUGUUCAUGGAGUGUUCCCUUACCUGUACGUUCCAUAUGACGGCACAGUGCCCUGGGACCGCUUCCUUCGACAAUUUGCCACCAGCCUCGAUAAGGCCAUCAAUGUGGCCCUGGGCUAUGGUCAGGCACCAACGCAACAUGUGUACAAGAUUGUCCUCGUAAAUGGAAGAGCGAUGUAUGGUUACCAUGACGAAGAGCAGCAGUUUUUGAAGAUCUACUUGUAUAACCCUGGCAUGGUGAAAAAGGCUGCUGAUCUGCUGCUGGGAGGAGCCGUUCUCAACAAGCCGUUUCAACCCCACGAGGCCCAUAUACCCUACACACUGCAGCUCUUCAUUGAUUACAACCUGUAUGGAAUGAACCUGAUCAAUGUGGCUGCUAUCAAGUUCCGAAGAAAUGCCUCAGAUGUGCAGCCUGUUAUGGGUAGCCAGGGGUCAGAUGAGGGAGUGGGUUCCACCCCUAGAACCCCUGUGACUUUUACGGGUCUGCUGAACAGAUCAGGGACCAUGACCCCCUCACAGCAGGUCUGGGACGCAGAAAAUAUACCAAGCGAGAUGUACCUAGACAGCCAGGUGGAGAGAAUGAGCACUUGUAAACUGGAGGUGGACGCUGUGGCUGUCGACAUCAUUAACAGGCUUGAGAUUGGAGAUAAUGUGGGUAAUAACCCCGGCCUGGCUGCUCUUUGGGAGGAUGAAAGGCAGCGUUGUAGAGACCGGGGAGAGAUAACCGAUAUUGCCCCACCAGAGUCACAAGAUCGAGGCAGUGUACCACUUUCAGACAGUGAGAUAGAACUUAGAGCUCGUCUACAACAAAUACUGCUUGAGCUGCAGCCUUACAUUGACAGUCAGCCAAAUGAGGAAAGCAGCAGUUGUGAAAGUGACCUUCCAUUGACACAGGCAUCAGAAGUUGACCUUCACCUCAGUCAAGAUGAGAUGUCUGGUACCCAGGAUAUAGAAGAUGAGGCCGACUUGGAACCAGUGGUCGAUGUUCCGUCUAUCCACCGCAUUGUCUCAGCCAGUCAGAGCUUCUGUGACAUACAGCUAGACACACCUAAAGUUCCCAGCCAGGAUAGGUCACUGGUGGAUAUCUUGGCUUCACUGGCAGACGAGAGUUCUCCCCCUUCCUCCCAAAAUGCAGCAGUGGUGUUGGGGGCCCUGGAGGAUAAAGACAGUGUCUUGUCACAGGUGUCUGAGCCUCUGAGUCAGGAGGAGGCUAGACAGGAGUUGGAGGAGAGCCUGGAGAUGACACAGAGAGUCUGGGACGGAAUUGAUCAGGGUGCUGAUCUCGAUGAAUAUGACCUUGCGGGUCUGGAUGACACAUGGGUGGACUCACAAGAGGCGGGGCCCUCCAACACGACACACCCCCAGCCUGAGUCAGCCAAUCAGGAGGCUGGAGGGUCAGAUAGUGACAGUGAUAUGAGUGAUGUUAUUCCGCAGUAUGAUGGUGCCAAUGAUGAACCUGGUAAAGCAGGAGGGGUAAAGAGAAUGGGAAUGCGAGGCCCAGCAUCCCGGACAGGUGCCAUUGAACAGCAGAAUAGUAUAGCAGCCGUGAACCCGUUCGGUGACGUCCCUGAAACCAAUAUGGCCGCUCAGUUCAAUGCAGGCAACCAAAAUGUCCUUGCCCAUGCUGGACACCAGGCAAUGUGGAAUCAAUCCGCUGGAAACCAGCAGUGGCCAGGACCUAGGUAUAGAAGCCAGCCGGGUCACCAGAUACCCCCCAGGUCAAAUUUUGAUCCCCGUUCUCAAGAAGGGUACCAACAAAUGAAAGCUGCUAUGGAAAGACAAUACAUGGGUCAGUUUGAACAUCAGAAUAGAAUGCCUAUGGGGCAUCAGUUUCCAACUUCUACGGCAAGUGAUAAUCCCUACAGUCAACAUGGUGUGAGAUUUAUGAGCCCAGCCAUGGGUGGUUACCCACACCAGAUGGAAGUUCACAGACAGUUGUCUCCAAGGUCGUUUAAUCAAGCCCACCCGGGCCAGUUUUCAGCAUCCCAAGGAUAUGGCCCUACUCAACCAGCUUCUCCUCAGUUCAUUGCUACACCUUUACCACAAGUCAGCCCUACUUGUAGUCAGAUGGGAGAUACAACCAACAUGCCCUCCAAUGUUACCUCAUAUCAACACAUGCAGGUGAAUAGAAAGCUCGAAUCUGCUAUUAGAAGUAAACAAGCUGGUCAGACAAUAAGAGGAAAUAUACCAGCACACUAUUCACCCACCAGUGAUGAUCAGUUCACAAAUGACUUUUCUCAAAAUGCCCAACAACAUAAUAGGAAUAUGGCAUUUCAGGAUAUUGAAUCUUUAAAUCAAAGGUCUAGCCAAGUCAAAAACUCUUCUGGUUCUAUGUAUGAAAACAGUGAUUUGAACAUUUAUCAAAGACGGGACUUAACGAAUCAGGCGAUACCUUACAAUGCUACAGUGCCACGCAUUGGUGGGCCUUUAAGGCUUCAGACUGAUGCAAACCCUAGUCAACAAAAGGUUAAUCAAAGGAGUCCUGGACAAGGAUAUUGCCUUCAGCGUCCGAGGCUUCUCGAUCAACAGAUGGUCAGAGGGGGGGUACCUUCACCAGAGGCCCUUUCUCCGGUAAAUAGAAAUAGUGGUAAUUCUGGUGGAAAGUCUAGUCAUAGUCAGCAAUCUGAAGAAAUUUUCUUUAUGAGGCAUGUUUCAGCCAAUGGCGAUCCUCCAAGUAGAAGUAGCGUGGUUAAUACUGGCAGAUCGAGAACCCCUCUUGGACUGCAACAGAGUGCAAUAUCCCCCCCACUGAACCAUCUCAGCCCACCCCAAGUGCACGUUUCCACAGAGCAACCAUUGGGUCCAGUGUCUCGUUACUAUCAAGCUAGGCUUGCUGCUGAGAUUGCUUCAAAAGAGCAAGCGAAAGCAAAGAGAGCUGCUGAAGAAAGCCAAAAACAUACUCAAUAUGAAGCAAUCAGUCCACCAGCUACGCCAGUGUCAUUACCUGUGACGUCAAAUGCCCUCUUGACCUACCACAGAUCUUCUGUGCCAUCUACCCCAAGUCCUAGCUCAAAUACUAACCAGCUCAGUCCUCUUGAAAGGUUACUAUUUGAUCCAGAAAGUGAUAACCCAGCUAAACAGGCAUUUAGAAGUGUGAGUCAAAACUCUAAUGCCAGUGUAUCUUCAUUGCCAGGUGACAAUGAGACUAAUUUUGGAGCUUCAUUGCAGAGAAGUUCUAGUGUAGAAAAACUAGGAAAUUCUACCAACCAACAUAUGUCUUAUAAAUCUCCACAAAGUGCUAAUAUGUACAGUCCAGGUUCUCAAAGGAAGAUAGAAAACACAAAGUUGUACAAUUUGCUGUCAAGCAACACAUCCCCUGGGUCAAGUGUGAAGGAAAGCUUGCAACAAAGUGCUAAUGAAAGUCAGCAUGACAGCCAACAGGAUUUGUUCGCUGAUUUGGAAAACUCAAGAAGUCAGAGGUCAUACUCUCAGCAAAAUAGUCAAAGUAGCUCCAAUAUACGAGAUGACAGCCUUAUAUCACUCUUCAGUGGGAAUUCAUCCAUCAAACAAUUUACAGAAACCCCUCCCCCUCCACAGGCUAAUAUGAGAAGUGGCCUCAUGUCAAACUAUCGGCAGUUUCAAGAAAAGGCAUCCUUAGAUAGCUUAAAGCAUUUGGUUGAUGGGGUGACAAGAGGUUCAGAGUUUGGUGUGAACUUUAGUAAGGCCAUAUCUGACAAUACAACUGCCAGAUCUACAACUCAAUCAUCUUCCAGUGGACAGAAAGUUACAGAUGAUGUAAAUGAGGUACCAACCCAUAGUCCUGGAAUGCCAUAUGGUAUCUCUGGUCACCAUGCUUCACAACAACAACAGCAACAGUCAUUAGCAGGACAUCAUCAGCUUCAGAGAUCACAGUCAGACCAGCAACAGCAACACCCAGUCCAACUCAGUCCCGUUCAUUCAGGUGCAUCUGCAGCUGGUGGUCAUUUGGGUGUUCGGCACAGUCCAGCCAUGGCCAGUCCUUCACAGCCCAGCAUUCUACAGAGUGCCUUGAGCCCUGGCAAUCCCCGCAUGACAAGCCCACAACAGGGGCUUCCUCAGAUAAGCCGCAUACCAAGUCCAAAAUUCACAGACCCUCCUCUUGGUUCUAGAAAUGCUAUCACCGACUGGGCAUUGCAAAAUAAUGCCAGGCCAGCAUCCACUAGAGGGAGAGGAGCAGGCCGGGGAGGGACUGGCAAGCGGGGAAGACCUAGAAACAUUGACAGAUCAGCGAGCAUGCCGGCUGGUACUCCUGCUGGUGACACUUUCCCAAAACGCAAAAGAGGCAGGCCAAAGAAAGUACCAAAUUCUCCAGUGAAUCCACAUUUUAGCGGUGUUAUGCGUAAUACUAUGGCUAAUACUGGACAGCAGAUGCAACAACCAAUACCUCAGAUGUCUACAGGUUUCCCUUCAGGUCAAAUGAAUGCAUCUCAUCAGCAGUUUCAUAUGAGCGGUCAAGAUUCAAGAAUUCAGCCAAAUAACCGUGACUGGUCGCAUCAGCCGUCGUUUCAAGAAUUGUUGGAAGGUGAUGCCUCAGAUUUGCUUGCAGAAUUUAACACAAACUUUCCCACAAGUCAGAUGAAUCAAUCAGUUAAUGACCAAGGCAUUGAAAACCCUCAAUUAAGGCAAGAUAUGCACAGGCAGAAUUCUUUGCAAAGCUUUAACACUGAAUAUUUCACCAAUCCACAUGAAAGAUAUGAUCCAAACUCAUCAGCCAGAACUAGUGUGGACACAUUUCCAGACCCUGUGGUUAAUUCUAAUCAGCCAAGCGUUGGCCGUCUAGAACAGACGUCAGCUCUUCAGGGUCAGUAUCCAGAUUUAAGUCAAAGAGCACACGGUGCCUCUCAACAAAUUUCUCAGCUAUCACAGUUUGGCCAGCAUUUGAAUCUCCAGAUACAACCAGAGAAUCAGCACUAUUUUCAGAACCAGUCGCAGACUGAUCAGUCAUUCCAAGGCCUUCUUAAUGGUGAUCAGGAUGGUCAAGGAUUUCAUCUCUCGCAAGCUAUGGACUUAAGUGAGCCUCAAGAGUUUGAUGCAGGCUCAGAGUCAACUAUGGGUAGGGCUUUGUAUGAAACCACUGUGGACACAUCACAAUUGGUACCAGAACAGACUAUGAUACAUACUUACAAUGUCCAGAGACAAAGAACAAUGAGUGAGCCAGUGAAUGAAGCUUUCAUGAAUAAACCUUUGCAACCUAGGAAGUAUGACAAGCAGCAAAUUUCUGACAAUUUAAAUGAGAAGCCUUUGCAUGUAAGUGGCUUUAAUGUUGCCAAAGAUAUAAUGGAAUUGAUUAAAUACAGACAAAGGUCACUUAUUCCACAACCAUCACCAUUUUACAAGUACAAAUUCCCAGUCCCUUCUCCACAGUUAAAAGGCAUCAAGUUCAGAAUUGAUGAGGAAGAAAGAAGCGGAUGUCAGUUAAAGGAAGUCAGAAUGCACCCUAAAGAUGCCCGUAAGUACAGUCUGCUCAAGAUUGGUACAGAGGUGGUCAAACUCCAGAAUCUCAGUGAUGAACAUGUAGAACAGAUUCAGGAACAAUUAAAACUUUGCCAAGAAGUAGCUGGUGUUCCACCGCCUCUGAGAGAGGUCAAAGUUGCUGAUAUUCCUGCUGCCAAUAAAUCUCUAAUAGCAGAUCUCCUAUCUGCUGAAGACAGCCCUCUGAGCAAAAGUCAGGUCUUCCCUCAGGGGGGCCACCAUUUUAACUCUCAGUUGCCGAUGUCCGAGGUAAAUCAGCAUUUGAAUCCUCAUUUACAGAGAUCUGAGGUCGACCGGCAUUUGAACCCUAAAUUGCAAACGUCCGAGGUGGACCAGCAUUUGAACCCUCAGUUACAGCAAGAGAAUCAACAAGGUCAGUGCUCUGAAAACCAGCAAGGUGAAAACAAUGAUGUGGCAAAUGCUCAGUUAAAAAAUGGGGACGAUGAGUCAGGGGAUAAGUCAAGAAAGCAGAAGCGAACUCCAACAAGCCAAAGAAAACAGAACAGCAUGUUUGGUAGGAACAUCUCCAGCGUACCCCAUCUGAAGAAAUAUAGACAGGGAUUUCAGUACUUUGGGAAAGGUAUCGUUGGUAGAGGAUCACAUACUCCACAUUUGAAGGUUAGGCAGAAUAACCCAGGCCUUCCCAAGGAGUUUGAAGAUAAUGGUGAUAUUGUAAUUAAAGAUGUGAGUCUAACCGAAGCAUCUGAUGGUACACUUACACCCAUAAAAUCUAGGACACCUAUAGCUGGAAGAAGUCCUGCUCAUUGCGGAGGUGUUCCAAAUGCUGAAGCCGAGAGUGAGCUUAGUGACUAUGGAAUGGAUUUAAAUCAGUCUGGGAAUAGCCAGAUAUUUAACGAAAUAGGUGUGCUUAAUGAUGAUGUAGCUGUUGAAAAUAAUUCAGAAGCAGAAAAUUCAGGUGAGGAUGUAGAUAUUGCUGAUGGCUGUGAUAAAGACAACUGUGAAGAGAAAGUUGAUAUCAACAAAGAAGCAAAGAAUGAAAGCCAAGAUUCAGUAGAAGAACCAAUUGAUGAUAUAGUUGAUAUAAAGACAGAACUUAAUUUAGAUAGUGACUCCUGUGAGAAGAUAUCAGUAGGAGAUGGUAGAUUUGGGGUAAAGGAAGAAAACGAUUUGCCAAUUAAAUGUGGAAAUACACUUUCUGAUUUCAAUAUAACUUCUGAUAAAGACAAUGAUGACUUUAAUUUGGUUCUAAGUGUAAAAAACUCCCUUGUUGCCAAGGCAUUAAACAGUCGAAAAAAUGAAAGGAAUGCAAGUUAUGAUGAGAGAGAUGGAGUAUAUCCUGAACAUGGAGUAUUAAAGAAAGAAAAACUGAUAUUGGAUAAGGUGAUAUCAAGAUCUCGUUCCAGUAGUAUGGGCAGUGUGUCAAGUAUGUCAAGGUCAAGGAGAAACUCUUUAAUAAGUGGAGAAGAAAGUGCUAUGGACACUGUUAGUUCAAGGUCAUCGAAACGGAGAAAGAGUAGUGACAAUAGUGAUUCUAACAAAACUGGAUCGAAAAGAAGUAAAAGAGUUUUAAGUUCAAAUUCUGCAACAUCUUCUAGAAGGGGUUCGAGGUGUUCAAGUGUUGAAAAAGGGGCAGGUGAUAAAAAAAAGACUAAGUGUAAGAGUAAGAAAUCUAACUAUAGAUAUGAUUCUGAUUCAGAUGGAAUACCUGGUGUGGAUUAUAUUGUGACUAACAAAUUCAAGGGACAGAAGGAAUUACGUGUAGUUGUGAACAAACUGGAUGUUGGUAAUCUUGAUGAAAAUUCUAUGCAUGAAUCAAAAUUGAAUGGUUACAAUAAAUGUAAACAGAAUAAAGAUCUUGUUGAGAGUGUUAAUGAAAAUCUUGAUGGUGUAAAAUCAGAAAGAACUUGUAACAAGGCAGUGACAGGGUUUUCUGCAGAGUUUGAAAAGUUUUUAGCAGCUAAACAGAAAUUUACCAUUGAAACAGACUCUGAUACUGAAGACAAUGAUACUUCCGAAAAAAACUCUGACAACGAUAAAGAGAAAAGUGUCACUGUUAAUCAGGAUAAUCCUUCUACCUUGGACAAUUCAACUUCCUCUUCAGCUGUUGUUAUACUAGACACAAAGAACAACCAAACACUUGUUAUAGAAGAAGUGGAAUCAUCUGAUGAGGGUCACACCAAUAGAAGAAGUGUGUGCCAAUCCAGAAAGCAAGCUGAUCGGCCAGAUUUGCACAUUAACUCAGGGAUCAAAGAUAUAUCUAGUUCAAGUGGAGAGGAGAGUGAACUAGAGUCAGUUAAAGUAGCCUUUGGGUCUAGAAGUCUUGAAAAUUUUAACAAAAAGAAAAAGAAAACGCCAAACAAGAAACAUGAUGGUAGAGCAUUUGUAACAAAAAGGCGAAAGCGUACAAAAUCAUCAAGACCUACCAAGUUAAUGUGUACCCUGUCAGUUUUACAUGAUGCUACAAUGGAAAAACUUACAUCUCAGAAGUUUAGCGACAUUGACACAUCAUCUUCCAACCAAUCACCAAUGAAAAGUAGGGACACUGCAUCCGAUUCUGACAGCUCAUUUAGGCCAUUUGUAACUUUACCAGAUUAUGAAACGUACAAUGACAGGUCAGAUGAUCAUCAAGCUGUGUUUGAAGACACCAUGUACAAGCUAGCUUAUCUCUCCCCUCCUCCACCUGACAAGGACUGUGAUUCACCACCAAGACCAUUAACUCCUGCAGAUUUGAUACAAUUUGGUGCUACUUUAGAUCUGAAAAACAGCAGUAGAAACUUGGAACAAAAAGUUGAACAAAAUGGCCAAAAUUUGGUGGAGGUAAGGGAACAGAAAUUGUCUAUCACGGAUAUUCUUAAAAAUAUGCAUGAGGGUGAUACAAAAGAUGCAAGUCAAGCUGAUGACAGGAAUGUUACUGCUCCUGGAACGCCAAGUAAAAUUGCCAUUGCUAAAACUACAAAUAUCACUUUACAAGAUAUAAAGUCAUUCUGUCAAGCUGAAAUAGAAAAUGAAAUGAACAAUGACUUAUCUUCUCCUGUGUUAGAGUGUAUAAGUAAUGAACAUUACCAAAAGACUGAACCUGACAAUGAAGUUUGUGAUAUGGAUGUAGUAAACAAUACACCUCCAGAUCUUGGUCCACCAGUUCUAGUUGAAGAAAAACAAGAUGAAAGAAAGCUUGAUGAUAGUAGUCCACCACCUUAUCUUACUCCAAACAGGCAAAUAUCUGCAAGUGAUGAAGAAAAUGAGAACUCUGAAGAAGAAAGUGAUGCAGAGAUAAAAUCAGGAUUAAACUAUUCUGGAAAAGGCAGAGCACCUCCAUUUUUAAUUCCAUGUAGAUCUCCAAGGGUUUCGGGAAUGUCACCCAGAGGAUAUUCUAGUCCGAGAGUUGCUAAACUCAGUGAAUGCGACACUCUUGAAUUCAGUCGAACAGGGGAAUUUGAAUCAAGUAAAAUGAGACUGGGAAGAUCUCCAGGUGCUUGCAGUUCCGUUGGUUCCAUCAAUGUAAUACACAGUGAAGAAUUUAGUGACAUUAGCGAUGAAAAUGACUUAGAUGAUGAAGGGCAUAGCUACAGACAUAGGCAGAGAAGUGGUAAUCAUGUUAGAAGGCAUGUUAGUCAUGAUCCAUCUGCAGACUUGUUUGAUUUGCCAGAUAAUAGUGAAGCGGAGAGGCAAAAGCAUGAUAUUCAUGAAAAAGAAAGAAAGCUGAGAGAAAUCAAAGAAUUUGAGCAAAGAAUGAGAAAGAAAGGGGAUGAAAAUAGAAAUAACAUAUUUGAUAUCAUGAAUUCAGAGCAAUCUCAUGAAACAAGUAAGAAAACUCAACAUGGGGACUUGAAUGGACAUAUUCAAUCUUAUAGCAAUGAUUUUUCCUUCCAUAAUAAUCAAGCAGUUUCUCAGUCAGUCUUAAGUGACAGUUCUGUUAUAAAGAGAUUAAAAAUGUAUCGUGCUCAAACAGGAAGAGAAUUGGAUUUAAAAAGGAUAUCUUCUAACCUGUUUUCAUCAAAUGUCACAGCAAAGAGGGGAAAUAAUGCAUCUUAUGAUGCAAUGAAUUGCUCAGCAAAUCUUCUCAAUGGGGGGUUGUUUCAUGGAAACCUUGAAAACCAAAAAACACAUAGAAAUGGUGAAUAUCAUAGAUCGUUGUCUCAGAGUGAUGCUAAGGAUGAACAAAUCCAAAGUUUGACACAUGUGAAUGGAUUUGUUGAACAAAAGCAAGAUCCAAGAGAGCUUUUUCAUCACAGAGGUAAUUCUCAGAUAGGCUUAGUAAAUUCUGUACCAUACCAUCGUAGCAACUCUUUUGACAAUUGUAGAACAGGGAAUAACAGCUCAAAUCCGAGUAUUAAAGAUCUCAGUGGACAUAGUAGAGACUUGUUUGAGAGUUCUUCUGAAGUUACCUCUGCACACAAGGGUUUUUCAAGCCUUAGGUUUUGUAGAUCUCUGUCAGAUUCAUCAGCUAGAUCUGAAUACAGCAUUGUGCAUAGCCAUAGAGUAAAUGAGUCCAUUUUGAAAUGUGUCAACAACUUAGCACAAAGAAGCAGUCCUACAAAGACAUGUGCUAGUCAGGUAAAUGGAGAUCAUGAUGUGCCAUUUGUUUCAUACGGAAGUGGUGAGGGAAGGAAAAAAUCAAAUCAGGGUGGAAAAGCUCAACAGUCAUCUAGCUCAAAUACAGCACAAUCAGGAAAUCAAAGACUUGGGUCUAGUCAGGAAUCAUCAGAAUUAGGCAGCAAUGAUCGUGGCCAAGGAUAUCUUACAAAACCAAGGGUAGAAGAAGAGGGCGGCCAUAUUUGUCAUGUGAUCACACCAACAAUCCCUCCUCCUUCAAGAGAGAGUAUUCAGGAAUCGGCCAAUCUGCAUGGCCUGUCAGCUGUCCGGCACAUUAAUGCUUUUUAUGGAAACCACAGGGACGUGCCUGAGAAACCGAGGGAGGGAGGUGGUCGCGUGAUAAAGAUCCCAUCCUCGCUGGUAUCUGAAUUAGAAGAGUUUGAGCCAACCUGUCCGUCUGUCCAAGGUUUAAGGCACUGGAGAGAGGCCGCAUGUUCUACCAGCCAGCUGUCAUUUUCCCAGACUGGUGCACAAGAUUUGCUCCAGAAACUGCAACAAGAGCCUGCACUCAAAUAUGCAAUCACAGGUGACCAGUCUGUGAUUAUUACACCUUGCUUACUACCUCCAUCUAUGAAGAGCAUCAAAUUAUGGAACAAGGGACGACAACUUUACACUGACAUUAAACAUAAGAAAAAUGAAAUUAAAGAUUCAAAUCAUGCAAACGGAAAACAAAUUUCUGAAGUUAAAACAAAGAAGCAAUUGGAACUUAAAGACACUGAAAAAAGUCAAACACAGGAGAAGAAGAAAGGAAGCUAUAGAUUAAAUAUGUUCACCGGAAAACGAGAAUGGAAUAGUCAAUCAGACUCCAUAAGUCCUCAAUCUAGUCAAGAAGGUGAGAGGAAUAAAGAUACUAACAAGAGAAACAAGAUGGAUACCCAAGAAUACCAACAGGCCAAGAAAGCUGGCAACCAAUAUACUCCAGAGUCUAAGAAAGCCAAAACUGACAAUUUUACCCCAAUUAAACCACCAGCUGUGGAGAAAUCUGCUGAAACACCAGAAAGCAGUCAACCAACUGAUGAGCACAGCCAAACAGAAGACACAAAUAUUUUGCACAGUACGCCAAUGUUACGACGACAGUCUACAGAUCUUUUUGAGUCAGAAUAUACACCCAUUGCUGGUAGUCGUGAGCCUGAACUCUCUCAAGAUGAUAGUAAAGAUGAGCGUGAAUGUCAAGGGGAGUUUGUGACACCAAAGAGGAUACGCCCACUGAGACGCCUGUCAACAAAUACGGAGACAACUCUCAGGAGGGCAAUACUGUCAACGCAGAUGAAGCAGCAGUAUGGCACACCUUCCCUACAAAGGAGAGACACAUCUCAGAUUGAGGGCCCUUCACUGAAGAACUCCUUUGGCUUCAGACACAGCCAGCAAAACCUGCAAGAUGCCAAGGCACUUCAUGAGUUCCAAUAUCUUACCAUACUGAGUGUGGAGGUUCAUGCUGAGAGCCGCGGGGACCUUAUGCCUGACCCUGAACAUGACCCCUUGAUUGCCAUCUUCUACUCAAUCUUUAAUGAUGUCCCUGCAGAAAGGGGAACUAGGCAGGAAACCGGUGUUCUCAUUGUUCACCCUGAGUCGGCCAAUCAGCAGUCUGGAGACCUAGCAUCAACCAAUCAGAAAGAAAGUAACCAAAUGGGAUCUUCCCAUAAACCUCAGGCAGGAUCAUCAACAGAUCAGAAACAAUCUGCACCAUCCAAUAAGACAUCACCAGGAAUAAAAGAUUCUGAUCCCAAAAAGUAUGAAAUGACCUUGUUAGAGAAAUCGGGCUUUCUUGGUGUGAAAGUGACAUAUGUCCAGGAUGAAAUGGAACUGUUGACAACAUUUAUAGAUCUAGUUCUCAACUGGGAUGCAGACAUCUUGGUUGGCUGGGAGAUACAACAGCUAUCCUGGGGCUACCUUCUACAAAGGGCAUCCACCCUUGGGCGCAACCUCUCCCAGGCCCUGUCCCGCCUGCCCGACGCCCGACAGGCAUCCCAUCAUUCAGCAAAGAAGGAUGAGUAUGGGGCCGACCACAUGUCUGAGAUUCACAUUGCAGGCCGCAUAACACUCAACCUCUGGAGGCUGCUCAGACAUGAGGUGACAUUGAACAUCUACAGUUUUGAGAAUGUGGCAUUCCAUGUGUUACACAGACGGAUCCCACUCUACCCCUUCCGUAGUCUCACAAGCUGGUUCAAACACAGAACUCAUCUCCACAGGUGGAAGGUAUUGUCACACUAUAUGACCCGUGCGAAGGCCAACCUGGAGCUGCUGGAUCAGCUCGAUGUGGUUGGCCGUACCAGUGAGUUUGCCCGAGUGUUCGGCAUCGAGUUCUACCAUGUACUCUCCAGGGGAUCACAGUACCGGGUAGAAUCCAUGAUGUUAAGAGUGGCCAAGCCCAUGAACUACAUCCCUGUGUCGCCCAGUGUGCACCAGCGGGCUCGGAUGAAGGCUCCAGAAUGUAUUGCUCUCACCCUAGAGCCGGAAUCUCGGUUCUACACAGACCCAGUCGUUGUGGUGGAUUUUCAGUCCCUCUACCCUUCCAUCAUGAUCGCCUACAACUACUGCUUCUCCACAUGUCUUGGACGCCUCAACUGCCUCAACAAGGCUCAUGAAGGUGCAAUAGAUUUUGGCUGCACAUCUCUAAGUCUAGAUCCAGCUGUCAUAAAGAAACUGAGUGGGAAGGUGUCUGUGUCGCCCAACGGUGUGGUGUUCUGUACACAGGAGGUGAAGAGAGGGGUCAUAUCAGUGAUGGUAGAAGAGAUCCUGAAAACCCGACUGAUGGUGAAGAAAGCCAUGGGCAAUUACAAGGGAGACAAGACACUGAGUCGAAUGUUGAAUGCCCGACAGCUUGGUCUGAAGCUUAUUGCCAAUGUGACAUACGGCUAUACGGCAGCCAACUACUCCGGACGUAUGCCGUGUAUCGAGGUCGCCGACAGCAUUGUACGCAAGGCUCGGGAGACACUGGAGCGCUCUAUAAAGCUUGUGGAGGAGACCCCUCGCUGGAGGGCAAAGGUCGUGUAUGGUGACACUGACAGUAUGUUCAUUCUGCUGAAGGGGCGUAGCAAGGAGGAGGCAUUUAAGAUAGGCCAGGAGAUUGCACGGACAGUCACAGAGAUGUUCCCUAAACCCAUCAAACUCAAGUUUGAAAAGGUGUACCUUCCAUGCGUUCUGCAGACCAAGAAGCGUUAUGUGGGCUUCAUGUACGAGACGCCCGACCAAAAGGAGCCCGUAUACGACGCUAAGGGCAUAGAGACAGUUCGCCGGGAUACAUGUUCUGCUGUCUCCAAGAUCCUGGAGAGGUCCAUCAAGGUGUUGUUUACACAGCGUGAUGUGUCAGAGGUAAAAGCAUACGUUCUGCAGCAGUGUCAGCGCGUCAUGGAGGGUAACGUCUCCCUCAAGGAUUUUAUCUUCGCUAAAGAGUACCGCGGAAUGUCUGGCUACAAGCCUGGAGCAUGUGUGCCUGCUUUGGAGAUUGCAAAGAAGAAGGUGAGAUCCGACCGUCGCUCGGAGCCACGAGUGGGUGAACGUGUGCCGUACCUGAUUGUGUACGGGAGCCCGGGCUUGCCCCUCAUCCAGCUGGUACGAACCCCAGGGGAGGUCCUUGCUGACCCCGCCCUCCGUCUCAAUGCCACAUACUACAUCACAAAGCAGAUUCUCCCUCCUCUAGGCCGAUUUUUGUCUCUUCUUGGGGUGGAUGUGUUCUCAUGGUACCAGGAAAUGCCUCAUUCUGCAGGGAAAGUUUCUACUCACACUAUUGGUACAGAGCAAAAAAAGGGCACAAUAUCUCAGUACUUUGCCACAAGCAGCUGUCCAGUGUGUGAGACCCAGACGAAGACGCCAAUAUGUCGGAACUGUAUGUCUGACCCCCAGCUGGUGUGUGUCACGCUGAAUGAGCGCAUCACACGAUGGGAGAGGGUCUACACACAUGUCCUCCAGGUAUGUGGCACAUGUAUUGGCAGCCAGGAGGUGGGAACUAUCAACGCUUGUGUGUCCUUAGACUGUCCGAUUCUCCACCGACGUUCCCGGGCUGCCAACGAUAUAAGCAGAGCCCAGAGUUACAGGGAUAUUCUCAACAAAGUGUUUACGUGAGAGAUGUUUUCAAAAUGCCUAUGUGUCCCUAGACUGUCCGAUUCUCUACCAAUGUUCCCGGGUUGCCAACGAUGUAAGCAGAGCCCAGAACAGGGAUAUUCUCAACAAAGUGUUCAAGUGAGGGAUGAUCUCAAUGUAACUGUGUGUCCCUAGACUGUCCGAUUCUUGCAGGCCACCAACAAUUCAAGCAGAGCUGAAGGGCUAAGGAGAUUUUCUCAACAAAGUGUUCAAGUGAGAGGUGUUUUCAAAAUGCAUGUGUAUCUCCAAACUGUUUGAUUACUUCUACCAACGAACAUGGUUUAACGCCUAUUUGUCUCUAUACUGUUUGAUCCCCUACCCACAAAUAAUGUAACCAGGGCUCAGACCUACAGGAAUAUACUGAACAAAGUGAUUGGAUGAGAGCUGUUUUCAAAGUGCUUGUGUGCCCAUUAACUCCUCUACAGGCGUUUUGGGGUGGCCAACAAUCUACCCAGAACACAAAGCUACGGGGAUACGCUAUUCAAGGUGUUGUGGGGAAAGCUGGUCAAUGCCUGCAUAUAUAGACUGUCUUAUCCUCUACCAGCAAACCUGAGCUGCCAACAUUGUAACCAGAGCUCAGAACAAUGGGAUAUACUUAAUAAGGUGUUUAGAUAAAAAAUUGAUCAACGCCUGUGUGACUCUUAACUAUCUCUACUCAUGAAUCUGGGCAGCCAACAUCAGCAAAGCCCAGUAUUACAGGAUAUUCUCAGCUUGAUGUUCAGAUGAGAGCUUGAUGUUUUCUCUGGCAUGUGACUGUUUUUCUGACAUGCAGAUAUUUCUUAGGCGGUUGGCUGUUCAGAAAAUGUUAAAGACAUGGAUUAAAUUUGAUUUCUGAAAUCAAAGUUUUCCAAUGAAGGAUGGAAUUAAAGUGGAUAUUGUUGAACGCCAAAUUCAGUUGGCUUGCAAAGAUCGAAGAUAUCAUUUCAGCUUUCUAAGUCAAGGGUCUGGGGAUUUGUAAUGAGGUGUUAUGGUCGGGAAUACUGAUGUAGUUGUUCAAUACAUACAUUGUGCAGUAGAUACUAACAAGCUAUUUGGCAAAGAGAAUGUCAAAAUUACUAUAACUUUUAUAGAUGAUAUAAGAUUUACAGAGGGACUUUUUUAUGUUUAUUGUAAAACGUGUAGUGCCAUUUUUAUGGCCCUUCUGCUGACUGGUUUGUUGUUUGAUGUUAGAUCUUAACAAAUACAUAAUCGAAGUAGUGGGUUAGUAAUGGUAUGAAAAAUAUUGAAAUUCUGUGCCAUAUUUUGAAUGCUUCCUUCAUCAUGUUCAUGUUUAACAAUGCAAAUACCGGGGGUAUAUGUUUCAAAUGUUUUGUUUUAUGUUUAACAACAUAGAAAUUGGACAACAACAAAAUAAAGCGAAGUAAAGGUGUUCCCUAGGUUUUCAUUCCUCAUUGCUGGUGUCUACCUGAAAAAAAAAUGACUAGAAACUAUGCGAUCAAUUUACUAAAUUUGUCUGAAUUUGAGUUACGAUCGCAAAUGAAUGUGCUUAAUUGUAUGCAGGAGAUCUGUUGAUGAUGCAUAUUUAUUUCUUAUGUCUUGUGCUUGUCUGUGAUCAAUGAAGUAUUUAUAGAAUAUUCUCUUACACCAUGCAGUUAACAAUCAUUGUAUUUUAUGGUGUAGUUCUGCAUACUUCAUUUGUUAGCUGGUCUGUUAAUGAAAUGAAGAAAUUCAAGGUAAUGGUUUGUGAAAGCCUUGAUUCGACAUUGUUGCUGGCAUUGAUAGCAGCAGUGUUGUCGGCUUGAAAAAACUUUACCUUUGGCCAUAACAGUUAAACACACAAAAAGUAUUCAAGAUAUGUAAGUGAAACGCUGCGCUCUUAUUUCAUUAGAAUCACUCAUUUCAUUGUCAUUCUAAAUGAUCUCAAAGAGACUUGCGCAUUUAUUGUAAACAUUUCAAUUUUAAAACCAUCAUGGUAUCAAUGCCUAAUGGUUCAUCAUUCAUCACCCCAAUACAAGAACAUAUAAGUGUGUUUAAAAGUACUGUGUAAAAUCACCACUGUUCUUGCAUUAAGGUGAGAGUAUAUUUUGAGAAGUUUUUACUUGUCUAACAAUUAUUUUUCCGAGCAACAAUAUAUAUAAGAUGCUUGCCUGUAAGCGGACGGAAUAUCUGGCUGGGAGCCCAAAUCCUUGCUACAUGACGCUGCGAUUUUCACAGCUGAACAUAUUUUUGUGCUGCUUUUCAUUAUUUGGAAUACUGGUACACUUAAAAAGUCAAUAUGGCAUCACUAUUUUUUUUAUUAUUUCAUAGAUAUACUCAAACAUGCAUACAUGUAUGUUAGAACUUUGCUCAACGAUCAGAACAUGCUAGAGUUGACAAUUGUGUUGAUGUCAACCUUUCACGAAAAUAAGCACUCCAUUAACAGAAGGUAUUGAUAGGGAUGAUGAAAUGCAGGAUUUGUCCUCACAUCAGGAUUAAGACUUCAAUUUCAGACUAUCGUACAUUUGUUAAGUUUGUUGUUGUUUUUGGCCAGUAAAUAUUAAAAACAGUAAAAAAACACCUUAAAAUGGAUAUAAAUCAAAUCAUUGGAAACAAUUUGAAGAGGAGUCUAAAUUAACCGAGAUUCAGAUCUGAAACCCUUAUUCUAAAAUAAUUUACGGAUACUCGGUCCACUUAAACCCCGGUUUCACGGAUUUUCAGUCCGCUAUCAUCUGUGUUGUGAUACAUUUAUAACUUACUCUGUAUCUUUUGUAUGAGAAUUUGAUAGACUGCAAGUAAGUGUGUUGUGUUAUAAGAAAGGAAUAAAGCAGUUGAAAUGCCUAUUUGAAAUCAUAUAAGUUAUCUUAUAUUCUGUAUUUGGUCAAUAAGAUUGACCAUAUUUUUAUUUUUUUAAGGAUGUCCUCAUAUAUCACUUUUAAAAAACCCUUACAUUGUUGCUUGUGUUCUUUAUUGGUUUACAUGUUUAAUUCAUCCGCUUGCUAAAGAUAGUGCUAGUUAGUAAAAUCAUGUUUAUAAAUGUACCUGGUUGUUGUGAUCUUGUUAUCAAAAUUGUACAUUCUUAGGCAUGGCUUUUUUAAAUCAUUUAGUGAAUUUUGUUUUUUAAGCUAAAAAGUCUUACUUUACAUUGAAUGCUCAAUUUUCAGUGAAGUGUUUUUUUGUGAAAAGAUUUGUAACCACUUAGAUCUUUUUAGCAAGACUGCAUGUAAAUGCAUGUUAUAUUUUGUACGUAGAACAGUUGAAGGCCUCAAUGUUAGAGCGUCAUUUGAAGGCCUCAGUGUUAGAGCGUCAUUUGAAGGCCUCAGUGCUAGAGCGUCAUAACUCCAUAUAAAAAUAGGAGAAGUUAUGGGUCUUGCGUCAAGCCAUCAGGUCACCAUACACAUGAAUCUGUUGUUGAAGCAUGUAUAUAGGUUUAAAAUAUAUUAGUUAAUUUUGUUGGAUGAGAGUUAAGAGGUUCUAUGUAACAUUAAGUAAAACAGUAAAUAGAACCUUUCAACUUUCAUCCCUUUGUUCUCAGGGAGAAUUAUUGUACUAUUUUAUACCCAUGUGCAUUAAAAUUUCAGUGUAAUAUCUUGUAUAUAUAGCUUUCUCUUAUAAUUAUGUGUACCUGUAUGAUAUGUUCCAAGAACACUGUGUAUAGACGUAUGUACAUGGGUGAUGGUUUCUUGUUUUAAUACUGAACUUAGUAUAUAUAAUAUUUCUCAUGUAUUGUAAAAAAUGGCAUUUUAGUAAUGAAACACCCUAUUUUAAACUUUCACCCAUGUAUGUGCUUAAUUCUUUUUAAAAAUGAACUAUUCAAAUAAUAUUGUGCCAAGCACCAACACCUUAGAGUCUAGUUGUUUCAGAUUAUAUUUAUGUUGUUAGUGUCUUUAAAUGUUAGCUCAAUUUAUAGCAGUGUUAGUAGUGAUUGGCUUGUUCUCCUUAGUAACGAAAUGUUCCCUUAGUUUUGUAUCAGGCAGGUUUCUAUGAACAUUUCUUGGUAUGUGUUUUGCAAUGGCAUGGAAUUAUUAUAAUGUAAAUGUUAGGACUCGGAAUUCAUACUUUUUUGUUUGUAAAGAAAAUACACAUUUGUAAAUUUUUUGUUGACUUUGUUUACCACAAGGAUAUAAAGGGCAUUGUGUCCACGCAAUAUUUCGUGUACAGUAUGGAGAAUAUUCAUUUGAUGAUAGUCAUUUAUUGAUUUAUGGCAUUUUCCACAUUUCACUUGUUUUGAUUUUGUUAUAUUAUUUAACGAGUAAUUUCUCAACAAUUCUGUAUAUGUUAAAUUAUUAUCUCUUGUUUUUUAUUUGUGUUAAUAUGUUUAAUGAAACGUGUUGCAUGUCUGUUUUUUAAUUGUUUUAUACUCAGAGGGUAUCGUUGUACUUUGAUAUGAUGAACAUGAAUAAAAACAUAAA